AUGCCCCAAAACCGUACCUCUACAUCAAAAGGACUUUCAUCCUCUAUGUUCACUUCAUGGGUAUCCGGAGAAACCACGACGUUAGGAAACAUUACGACUUCGUGGUAUUCGCCGACAAUCGAUCCCAACUGGAUGCCCACGGUGACCACCUAUACGGCAAACACUACCUGGUCCAGCUUGAUGGCGGAGAGAACCCAAUAUUGCUGGUUCACUGGCGACGAGGAUUCGGAUUAUGAUGGUGAUGUGUUCAUUCCAGAGGAUGACCUCUCUGAGGAGUGUUAUUCGCUUUACGAAUCCUAUUGCGAUAUCGGGCCCGAAGACCCCAUUCCACAAUCUCCCAAGUCUACCAUCCCGAAGACCUGUACACCAGUGCCUUCUACCGAGGUGCCGUCCUCAACAAUGUCGACGCCAACAAGCACUGGAGUCACAACUCCGACUCCAACUCUUAGUGGCAUGGCUCAGGGAUGCAGCAAAUUCCACAAGGUAGUGAAAGAUGAAGGCUGUCAAUCCAUCGCAGAUAACGCUGGUAUUUCUGAGACAGACUUUUUGUCCUGGAAUGACAUCGACGAUGACUGCACGAAUCUCAAAUAUGACUACUACGUCUGUAUUGGAAAACCUGCCUCGACCUCUGAGACAGCCACCAGCACUGGAAUCACCACCCCUAAGCCAACACAAACCGGCAUGGCCGAUGGGUGUGACAGAUUCCACAAGGUCGUCAAAGAUGAAGGCUGUCAAUCUAUCGCCGAUGAUAGCAAAAUUUCCCUGGAUGAUUUCCUGAGUUGGAAUCCGGAUGUUGGAGACACCUGCACAAAUCUUAAAUAUGACUUCUACGUCUGUGUUGGCAAACCUACCUCAACGUCUGGAUCCGCCACCAGCACUGGAAUCACCACCCCUAAGCCAACACAAACUGGCAUGGCCGAUGGGUGUGACAGAUUCCACAAGGUCGUCAAAGAUGAAGACUGUCAAUCUAUCGCCGAUGACAGCAAAAUUUCCCUGGAUGAUUUCCUGAGUUGGAAUCCGGAUGUUGGAGGCACCUGCACAAAUCUCAAGUAUGACUUCUAUGUUUGCGUGCACAGGAGUCCAUCCCUGGCUACCUCGACAAACGUAGCUCCAACCCUCACAACCACCACUGGGGGUACCACUCCAACUCCGACGCAGACUGGCAUGGUUGCGGGUUGUACUGCCUUCCAUAAAGUGGAGCAAGGUGAGUGGUGUCAGCUGAUUGCGGACGACAGUAAAAUCUCACUGAAGGAUUUGCUGGCGUGGAACCCGGAUGUUGGCAGUGACUGCACGAAUCUCAAGUAUGACUUCUAUGUCUGCGUGGGCAAGUAG